UCAUGCUACUUGCAAGCAGCACAUUUGAAGGAGCCUCAGCAACGUGCGCGGAGAAUGAACGAACCCUACGGCCCCGCGACAGCCCGACCCAUCAGCAGCACCUCGCCCAGCACCAUGAAGGUGUUCAUGGCUUUCCUUGCUGUAUUUAUUGUAGCACAGACGAUCGGGACCGUGCUCUUCUGUUUGUAUCUUCACAUGAAGAUGGAUAAGAUGGAAGAGGUGUUGAGCUUAAAUGAAGAUUACAUCUUCCUGAGGAAAGUACAGAAAUGUCAGACAGCAGAAGGUCAGAAGUCUACAUUAUUGGACUGUGAAAAGAUUUUAAAGAGCUUCAAGGACCUCCAGUGCAAGGAUGGAGAAGCCAGCAAGGGGGAGGCCAAAUUUGAAAUGCAGAGAGGCCAUGAGCACCGUGACCAUCCCCGUCUGAUGCACAAGAAUGAGACACUGGUGGAAGCAGAGAAGAAACAGCCGAUUGCAGCCCACCUGGCAGGUCACAGUAGCAACGAGAGAGUCUCAGUGCUGGAGUGGAGGCCUACGAUGUACGGCCCCAUGAACGACAACUUGAUAUCCUACCAGGAGGGGAAGCUGAAGGUGGAGGAAGCAGGGCUCUACUACACCUACUCCCAAGUCAGCUUCUGCACCAAGUUGGCAAGUUUAGCACCCUUCACCCUCUAUAUUUAUUUGCAUCUCCCCAUGGAAGAGGAUCGGCUCUUGCUGAAGGGACUAAGCACCCACAACACCUCCAGUUCUUCCUGCAUGCUCCAGUCCAUCCGGGUGGGAGGCGUCUUCGAGCUCCGGAAGGGUGACAUGGUCUUUGUCAAUGUGACAGACUCAAAGCAAUUGAACUACAAACAUGGCAGCACCUACUUUGGCAUCUUCAAGCUGAAGUGA